CUUCGAUACAUUCAUUGUCUUAACACAUACAUAUACAAUAUGGAGAUGUCGGGGUAUCAGGAUAUCAACGCUUUGGAAAAAUCGGUGGCAAAUGCUGGCUCACAGCUGUAUACGAUGGCGCACAAGCUGCACGCGGUGGAGCGCAGCUUGGACCAGACAACGAUGGAGCAAAUGGAUGAAAUGGAGGUGAUGGAGCUUCUUGAGUCGAUGACUGAAGUAAAAAAUGAAUAUCAGAAUCUACGCAAGGACAUCCAGGAAGUGCAGCAAUUACAGCGUGACGUCAGCACCUCGAUUCGCUUUCAGAUGACCAACAUGCAACAGACAUUUCAAAUGCUCAAGAAGCGGAUUGCCAACUCACAGCAGCAGCGUCGCCAGCAACGCCAGGAUCAACAACUUCAAAGUAGCAAUAACACAACAGCGGUGGGAGCCCACAAUCAAUGA